AUGGACGAAUCGCCACGUUCUUCUAAGCGGAGAAAGCUCGACACCCCGAAGCGCACCGAAUCGAGCCCGUCAACAAAGCCGUCAACCAGGAAAGCCUCUGGCAGGCUUGCAGCCCGAACCACGACGAAUACGAACGGCGAUUCUGAACAGAAUGUGGAAAAGAAGCCAGCGCCAGUGCGUAAAGGCCGGGCGCUGAAGGGCGCAACAAAUGGCACUGCGACAAAACGUGCGGCAGAAGAAGAGAUUGACAUCUACGAUGACAUCGAGGGCGCAUUGAACGUCGAAAUAUCCUCACGACCAACGCGGGUCCGCAAACCUUCGCAGAAAGCGCUCAAAGAGAACACGCCAAUCGCGGCGCAGGACAAGGAGGAGACGCAAACAAACACACCACCGAAGCGAGGAAAGGGGCGACCUACAAAGGCGGAAGUUGCAAGUCGGGCCGCUUUGAAAGAGGCAUCGACGGAUGUCAUCGCACCUGCAAAAGUUGCAAAGGCUGUACGGAAGCCAGCUGCGUCGGCGCGCAAACCAGCUGCCCCACGAGCGAGUGCGCGCAAGAAGAGAGACCCUAGUCCUAUCCCCGAGGAGGAUGAGACGGAUGAGCUGCAGAACGAAACCAAAGCCGCUAAGACCUCGAAGACACGCUCCGUACGAAAGCCGGCUACCAGUACACGAAAGAAGGCAGCAGCGACAGAACCCGAGUCGGAAGAGGCAGUCGCAGCCACGCCUUCCAAGUCCACCAAGCGACGAAAACCAGCAGCAGAGCAAACAACCAUACCAGAAAGCGAGGACGAACUCGGCGAUGGCUCUCCCACAAGUAACAGAAAGCUUACCGCUAGUGCACGAAGACGCUUCAACCGCACCGAUCACAUCGCCAACAACGACGAGGAACGCUGGUCGAACGCGGAAGAGCAGGUCAAUGGCCAUGACGAGGAUGAUAUGGAGGUAGAUGGGAACAGCAUCUUGGACAGUUUGCUGGACCCCACGGAACCCAGUCCCUUCAACAAGCCUACAUCAGCACAGAAGGAGAAGGAGAAGCUCGCUCUAUCGGCCAUCUAUAGCGAUAUUGCGCCGGGCCGCGAACUUGAUCUACUGAAGACAAUCGUCAUGGAACGUAUUACCGGCAAACGUCCCUCGCCUCUGGUUGGCUUAGACGAAGAGUACAAGUCUGUGCACCAACUUGUCGAGCACACUAUCACCGCUGGCGAGGGCAACUCGAUGCUCGUCAUCGGAGCCCGGGGUAGUGGAAAGACGGCACUUGUCAACAAAGUCCUUUCUGAAGUCUCCAAAGAUAACGGCGGCGAAUACCACGUCGUCCGACUGAACGGUUUUGUCCACACAGACGACAAGAUUGCACUCCGUGAGAUCUGGCGCCAGUUAGGGAAAGAGAUGGACAUCGAGGAGGAUGGGAGCGGCCCGGGAAAGAACUAUGCCGAUACGCUAGCGACGCUGCUCGCUCUGCUUUCUCACCCAUCCGAACAGACUGGUGAGGUGACUGACGAAGUCGCCAAAGCCGUCGUUUUCGUCAUGGACGAGUUUGACCUCUUCGCUCAACACCCCCGCCAGACGUUACUCUACAAUCUAUUCGAUAUAGCACAGUCACGAAAGGCGCCCAUCGCGGUCUUGGGACUGACAACACGCAUCGACGUGACUAACAGUCUCGAGAAGCGUGUCAAGAGUCGCUUCAGCCACCGCUACGUGCAUCUCAGAUUGGCAACAACGUUUACCGCCUUCCAAGAAACAUGCAAAGCGUGUUUGUUAAUACAGCCCGAGCAAUUGAGCGUCGAGGAAAGAGGUAUACUAGAAGGCGGUACCAAGACCACGCCAGCCAGGAAGGGGAAGAAGGGCGACACCAAAGAAGAAGCACUGUCCCAAUGGAACACCAAUAUCUCCAAACUCUUCUCAACCCCCACCUUCCUAACCACACACCUAGCCCCAACCUUCUACCUCUCGAAAUCCGUCCCCAAAAUCCUAACCACCUUCCUCCUCCCCACCGCCACCCUCUCCUCAACCACGCCCUUCCAACCCACCACCACCCUCUCGUCCCCAGACUCAAAACUAACUCUCAUCCCCUCGCUCUCCCAACUCUCCCUCUCCCUCCUCAUUGCCGCCGCGCGUCUAGACAUCAUCCACGACUCCGACACGUGCAACUUCAACAUGGCCUACGACGAAUACGUCACCCUCGCCAGCCGCGCGCGCAUUCAAUCGGCGGCAGGCGGGCUGAGUAGUAGUUCUGGCGCGAGUAAAGUGUGGGGCAAGGAUGUGGCGAGGCGCGAAUGGGAGGGGCUUGUGGAACUGGGGUUGUGCAUGCCGGUUUUGACGGGAGGGGCUGUGGGUGCGUUUGGGAUGGUUAGGUGUGAUGUUAGUUUGGAGGAGGUGGGUGAGGUGCUGAGAGGGGUUAAGGGUGGGGAUAAGGGGUUGGAGAGGUGGUGUCGGAGUAUUUGA